CCGGGAACAGCGACCCUCGGUGUGACAGGGAGAGGGUGGGGCGCGGCUCUGCGGGCCAAUCGGAGGCGCGGAAGCGGUUAUUGACAGGCGCUCGGUCCAAUGGGGUUGCGAAGGGGAGCGCGGCAUCUCCCCGCGGAGCGGUUGUUGUGGCGGGGGAGCUCCUCGGGGACCGCGGGGGCAGCCCGGGCGCGGGGACCUCCUGGCCGCGGGGCCGCGCCACCGCCACCAUGGCGAGAGGGAAGAACAUGCCCAAGACCAGGGCGGGCGGUGCGGAGAAGGCCAGUCCCGAGAACGCCGAGAGGAAGGGCCCCGGCCGUCCCCGGGCCGGUGGGGAGAAUGUGUUUAUUGGUCAAUCCAAAAUCUACAGCUACCUGAAUCCUAACAAAACUCCUGGUGCUCGCCCCCCACUUCAAGAAGAAAACUCUGUCAUGUAUCACGAGGUGAAAUGUCAGGGCAAAACACUAAACAAAACCUUCAGGAAAGGAAAUGAAAAAAAGAACAGUGGCAAUAUAAUUGAAGGUGCUAUGAAACCAGAAGACCAGAAAGAUAAAGAAGAUGGGUGCAAUACUGCAGUGCCUGACUCUGAUCAAAACCAAGAAACUACAGAAGGUCAAAAGACCCCCCUGCCUUCUGACUGUGCUGAUGAGGCCAAUGCAAAGCCAGCUCAGACAAAGGUGGUUAAAGCAAAACGUGGACCAAGGAGAAAAACACAAGGAAGGACACCAAAUCGAAAAGUGACAGAUUAUUACCCAGUUAGAAGAAGUUCCAGGAAGAGCAAAUCAGAAUUGGAGACUGAGGAGAGGAGGAAAAUAGAUGAGCUAAUUACAAGUGGGAAAGAAGAAGGAAUGAAGAUUGAUUACAUUGAUGGCAAAGGGAGAGGAGUGAUUGCUACAAAACAGUUUAAUCGAGGAGAGUUUGUAGUUGAAUAUCAUGGGGAUCUCAUAGAGAUCACUGAUGCUAAAAAGAGAGAAGCUGUGUAUGCUCAAGAUCCAUCCACAGGCUGCUAUAUGUACUAUUUCCAGUACCUCAGCAAAACAUACUGUGUUGAUGCUACGAAAGAGACGAAUCGUCUGGGGAGGCUGAUUAAUCACAGCAAAUGUGGUAAUUGUCAGACAAAGCUUCAUGACAUUGAUGGGGUGCCUCAUCUCAUCCUGAUAGCUUCCAGAGACAUUAAAGCAGGUGAAGAACUGUUGUAUGACUAUGGAGACAGAAGCAAAGCUUCCAUUGAAGCUCAUCCGUGGCUGAAACACUAAUUCACUUUCUUUGUCUGGAGUUCUUUUGGGGUUUUUUCUUUUUUUUUCUUUUUUUUUUCUUUUCUUUUUUUUCUUUUUUUUUUUUUAACUGCUCUACAAGGAGUCAGUGGAUUUUUGUUUUUUUAUUUUUUUUUUUGUGUCCUCACUUCCCUCAGCUUUCUUAUUGGACUGCUUAUGGUGUUCUGAGCUCCUCAAAAAUGUCCUUUUUGCUUUGCAGUAUUUAAAUACCUAUUACAGUUUUCCAGGCAGGCUCAAAUAGUGGAUCUUGGAUUGCCAAAACUUGCAUCAUGAAAGGAAGCUCCCUAAAAUUUGAAUGGUUCUUUACAGUGACCAGUGCCACUUGAGCAUGCAGUCAAAGACUUGCACAGAAACUGAAUCACUGGGGCUGUGAUUCUGCUUUUUCAAGGAAAUCUCAUGCUCCACUCUGUGUGGUGAUGAACUUGGCAGCAGCUUUGUGACAGGAGAUGUAUUCUGUGCUCUGACUUGUACACCUGGUGGCUCAACUGCUUGUCAGGCUGCUGCUUACAGCCUGGGCUUCUCUGAGGUGGAUGCUACUGUUCUCAAAUUAUCUGGGGUAGGGAACCAGUUCUUCCAGUGUCGUGUAUCAUGUAAGCAAUGAACUUUAAAUGUACUGGUGCUGAGGGAAAUGGAUGGUCAAACUGGCUGCUUUCUUCAGAGGAAUGACUCCAGGCCAAAUGAGGCUGGGUUUUGGUAGACUGGGUUGAUACUGGUUAGAAAUGUGAAGCUAAAACUUCACAGCAAGAAUCAAUGUUUGACAUAUUUUCUCAAAUUUAAGAUGGUACCUUUUUAUCAUUGAUGGCUGAUUCUUGGAGUUAUCUCCCAGAGGAUUUUAAGGAAGUAAAAGUAAGAGCCCUCUCCAAAAAACCUUUCUAUUACCUUCCUAUGCUAAAAUAGCCACACCAGAAGCUAUUUAUUUACUGUGAAUGCUUGAAGUAGAGCAUAGCAGUUCCAAAAAUAGGAGUCCUCUUCAUCUGCAGCUUCAAACUGUAGUGAUGGAGUUCAUGCAAUGAAGAAAGUAGAUUCCUUAUUGCCUGGUCCUGUAGGUCAGUCCAGCAUGGUCUGGUCCCACUUUCUUUAAUGGGAGUUGAGUGCAUCUUGCAGAUGUUUGUGAAGUUACUGUUGGAGAACCCACAUCUGUGAUAUAGGCAGGCAAUACAAUGCAGGUCCUUUAUGUUAAAGAUGAAUUCUUACCAGUUGGAAUUUUUGCCAAGGCAGGCUUGGCAUGUGUGUGUAGGUGAAAAUGGCUGUGAGCCAUCAGCCACACUUGCUGCUGGAAGGUGUCAGCAAGGGAUCUGUGGCUCUCUUAGUGUCUGUUCCUCAUGUCUUGAAGGCUGCUGCUGUUCCAGCUAAUGCCCUCUAGGACAAUCCUCUAUGCUUGCCUAUGUGAUAGGUCAAAUUAGCAACAACAUCCUGGUUGGAUGCUCCAGCAGCAAGGGAGGUGGCUUAGUGAUGUAUUUUUUAAAUUAAAAACUUGAAGACAAUGUCUCUGUAAAAUAAAGAAUAUAUUUAUUAUUGAUGAAGUGGCUGCUAUAGUACCUGUCUCCAUUGCAGAUCAUUUGGAAAGAAAGCUGUGAAAAUCAUUAGCUAUAAAUGCUUUAUAUUUACUCACUUAACAUGAGGCAAAAGCUCAUCAGGGACAGCCUGUGUAUUUUCAGCAUUUCUGAAGAAUUAACUGGAGACCUGUUACCUUGCAGGUACUGAGUUACAGGUGAAGCUUUGGCUGACUUCUUGAGUUGGCACUGAUUUUUCUUUGGUCUCAGUAACAGAGACUCCAGCAGUGUACAGUGUCUGGUUUAACUAGAGCACUUCCCUUAAGUCAAAAUUGGAAUUAUUAUUAUUUUUAUUAUUUUAUUUAAACAUUUGCUUGGUCUUUAUCAGGUCAAAUAGCUUAAAACCUCUGUUCUUCCUACUUUACAUAAAAAGAAAAUUGUUUUCUCUGAAAUGCUUUACUGGUAAUCAAGUAGCACUGCAUCGGAAGAUGGAAAUAAAGCUGAUGUUGCACUGA